GAAGCUGAAAGUCAUCUGGGGUUGGUUUCAAGACAGGACAAGCUGUCAGAGAGCGGGGCAGAAGGUGUGAAGAGGGGGAGGAGGAAAAUGUGGGAGAGGAAGAAAUCAGAACAAAAUAUGAAGCGGUGAGAGACAGACAAAAAGUCAAUCCAGAGCUGCCGGGAGCGGAGUGCUGGCGUGGAAGGAGUGCCUAAAGACUGAGGACAGUGAAUGCACCGCGGGAAGAGUGAAAAGCUGGAAGUAUGGGGUGUAUGCAUAGCAGCGGCAAGAUAAAGGAGGACAGGCCUGGUACAGAUACAGAAGGAAUCCCUGUGAAGGCAGAUGGCGAGGUGCAUCCUGAGAUCAUUCAGCUUGCUGAGCUCAACAAACCAGCUGGUCACAUCUUCACGGUGAAGAGCUUUAAGAAAAGACGGGCAUGUGACGUCUGCGAGAAGAACAUUGAAGACCCAGGAGCGUUCUGCAAGGAGUGCAAGAUCGCUGUUCAUAAGAUGUGCGAAGCAAAGGUGUUCACCACCUGCACCCCAGUGCCAGAUCUGCACAGCUCCACAAAGUCAACAUCUCAAAAGAAGAGAAGCUCCUUGCCAAGAAGGAAAAGCGUAGAAGAAGUGAUGGAACAUGUGAUGGAAGGACACUAUGACUUCGACCUCACCUACAUCACAGAGCGGAUCAUCUCUGUCUUCUUUGUGCCAGACCUGGAGGAGCAGCGCUAUCGUAGAAACCUGCAGGAGGUGGCCUCCAUGCUCAAAUCUAAGCACCAGGACAAGUUUCUGCUUCUGAAUUUAUCAGAAAAAAGACAUGACAUCACCAGGCUUAACUCAAAGGUGCAAGAUUAUGGCUGGCCUGAUCUCCACGCCCCUCCACUGGACAGGAUCUGUGCCAUUUGUAAAGCCAUGGAGAUGUGGCUGACUUCUGACCCUCACAACGUGGUCGUUCUCCACUGCAAAGGUCACAAAGGAAAGACGGGGGUCAUAGUGGCGGCCUACAUGCACUACAGCAAGAUUUCAGCUGGAGCAGACCAGGCUCUCACCACGUUAGCCAUGAGGAAGUUUUGCGAAGACAAAAUCUCCUCCUCUCUGCAUCCCUCUCAGAGCAGGUACAUCUAUUAUUUCAGCGGUUUGCUGUCGGGGACCAUCAAAAUGAACAGCAGUCCUUUGUUCCUUCAUCAGAUCCUUGUUCCUUCAUUACCAAAUUUCCAAUCAGGAGGAGGUUUUUAUCCUUUCCUGAAAAUCUACCAGUCCUUACAGCUCAUUUAUACCUCAGGAGUGUAUGAUCCUCAGAGCUCCCGGGCAAGAAAAUUGUGUGUAACUAUGGAGCCAGCUCUGUUAUUAAAGGGUGACAUUAUGGUGAAAUGCUACCACCGGCGGAGCAGAGCAGCAGAGAGGGAGGUUGUGUUCAGAGUCCAGUUCCACACCUGCACAGUUCAUGGAGCCCAGCUGUGGUUUGGAAAAACUGAACUAGACCUGGCCUGCUCAGAUGACAGAUUCCCUCCAGACGCUACAGUGGAGUUCAUCUUCGCCAACAGUCCAGAAAAACUCAAAGGUCGAGAAUACAGAAAAAAUGACUCUUCUGUCAAAGUAGACUACAAAACCUCAGACCCUGUUGUUAAAUGGGAUUCCUAUGAAAACUUCAAUCUACACCAUGAAGACAGCAUGGAAAAUAUCGCUCACACAAGAGGCCCACUAGAUGGCAGCUUGUAUGCCCAGGUGAGGAAGCGACGUGGACCAGGUGCAACAUCCUCAGCUGCUUCGCCCAAUGGAUGCCUUACCAGUAGCCCAACUGUAAAACCCCAAUUUGCCUCCAAACCGCAACCCUUCACCUUCAACUGUAGCCCAAGAAGCUCUGUGGUCUCUUCAGAUAAGCUGAGCGAAACAUCGAUGUCAAUUAGCUGCUCUGAAAAAGAAAAACCUGACUGCACCUUGAGGAGAGGAGAAAUGGGAGAACGGACGCAAGAGAAGAGGAGAGACAAAGCGAAAGACAGAGAGACUGCGAUUUUGGAUGACGGAGAUCCUUCAAGUCCAGGGGUUGUGAGACGAGAGCGUUCCUGUUGUGAUCGAGCAGUUCAGAAAUGUAGUGAUGCAGAAUGGGAGAGGGAAAGGGACCCCUGUCUUUCUGAUGGUCGGUCGCUUAGACAUUGCAGCAGCAUGAAAAAGCAUCCGAAAAGCCAAACGCUGCCAGCUUUGCUGUCCAAAUCUAUGUCUCCUCCUCCCCAUUCAGCUAUUAGGGAGCUCUGCCAUCGCCAUAGUGCAGAUCCUGUUGCUGAAUUAACAUGGGACCGUCCGAUUCAUCCUCCCUCGCUGCCCUGCAUCAACAGGCCAUGCUACCCUUAUCCAACCCCAGAACACACCCUUCCUCACAAUCAUACACUGCCAGCCUCAAACAGAUGCUAUCCUGGAGAAGAAUGUCACCUCUUGCUUUACCCCAGCCAUGGAUUAGGGUCUCAUCCUUCCUUCCCACCACAGCCUGGAAACCCUUACAGAGAGCUUUUCAUCAGUUCCCCUUCAUCUUCUUCUUUUUGCCAUUGUCAGGACUGCUCCAGGAGACGAGAACACCAAUCAAACUCAGUUAAAGUCUUCCAACAAAUGCAAUCAGACCAAGCUGAAAACCCACACUGGUCACAAGGAACUGGGGGUCAGCGGUCAAGAGAGAUACCCCCCCUUUGGGAAACAGAGAAGCCAUGGGAAAUGACGAGACAGGCAGAACUCUGGCAGUGUAAAUCACCACUGCCAGCUUUUCAUCUCUUCCACUCUGCUGUGGAUCAGGUUUCAAACCCAGAGAAGCCUAGAUUUGCUUAUGCACAGCAUCAAAAUCACCCCAUUCCUCAGUCAUUGAUGGAUAUAAGGGAUGGAGUAAGCAGCGGGUACCACACCCCUCUGCAGCCCCGACACUCGUGCCCCUGCUCUCCCUUUCAGUCCUCUCCAUCUGAUAGCCGGGGAUAUGCCUCAGGCUAUCACUCUGGAUCAGCAUCACCUUUGCCAGCCAGUAGCCCAUCUCCUGGAGGGGGACGCCUGCCUGAUAUCCCUUCAGGAUCCAGGGACCAGCCACACACAGAGCAACACAAAGUGGAAAAGGAUAAAACUGUUGCAGAAGAUGACAUAUGUCAAGGCUCAGAGAGUAAACUAGACGUCUGUCGUGAGUCAAACACCCCUGGAGCGGACUCUGAUCACGACUACACAGUUAUUGGCAGCAGCAGCCCAACUCACACAGAGGACAGUGCAAUUGCUGAUAGCCCUGUUCAGAGCCAAGAAACUGUGACUCAUUUGGACUCCAAUAAAAAUACAGGCCAAUCUGUUACACUAACUCCAUCAGAGAAACAAACCCAGAAUUUAACAAUAUCUGCAAACCCCUCAAAGCCACCAGGAGAAUCCCUUCUGAAAGGUGAAAGUGAACUUGGAGCAGCUGAGAUCAAAAGUUCGGAUCAAAAGACCAAAUCAACAGUUUCAAACUAUGCCACCGUCAUUAUCCCUCAGGUUCAAGUUCAGCUCAAUGGGACCACCCUUCCUAUCAAUGUAGCAUCGGAAUGCAAUACAGGUGGGAACAUGAAUCCCUCUCGUAGUUCUUCCACCUCUUCCCCUCAUACUCCUACUGGCUCUCCGGAUAAACAGUCUUCUCCUCAACACUCCAUGUCUGAUAAAGACACAACUGGACAAAGACUUAUCCCAGAUCGUGACAUCUCAACAGACACAAAACCUCCUUCACCUGUGCCAGAUGGAUACCAUACACCCACCUUUCCCCUAGCCUCCUACUACUACUCCUUAUUAAACGUUCCUCAUGUGCCCUACACUGGCUACACUGCGGUAACGAUCCCCACCAUCCAACCACCGCUGCCAGAGAAGAAACGAUUUUCCUCUGCAGUAGUAUCACCGAAUGGACAUACUGGUUUACUCCAGGCUCCCUCGUGUCCUUCACCAAUUCACCAUGUUACUUUCGCCCCUGUUGUCGGAGAGCACAGAAUGGAAUCUGCACAACAGAGUCACACCGAAGAGACAGAAACAAGGGUGAAUUCUAGGUUUGUUCAGGACAGCUCCAAAUACUGGUACAAACCAGGCAUCUCCAGAGACCAAGCCAUUGCUGCGCUGAAGGACAAGGAGCCAGGGGCAUUUCUCAUCAGAGACAGUAACUCAUUCCACGGUGCUUAUGGCCUGGCUCUUAAGGUGGCCACUCCUCCUCCUAAUGCCAACAUUACUGGAAACAAAGGGGACCCUCUGGAACAGCUGGUAAGACACUUCCUCAUCGAGACAGGGCCACGGGGAGUGAAGAUCAAGGGCUGUCAGAACGAGUCCUACUUCGGAAGUUUAUCUGCUCUAGUUUACCAACAUUCAAUAACUCCUAUCUCUCUGCCGUGUGCCCUCCGUAUCCCAGACAAAGAUUUGGUUGGUGAGCUCCAGGAGAUGCAAAGUGCCACAAAUACAAGUACAGCUGCUGACCUCCUUAAACAAGGAGCAGCAUGCAACGUGCUCUACCUAAAUUCAGUGGAAACUGAGUCAUUGACGGGGCCAGAGGCUGUUUCCAAGGCUAUCAAGUGCACAAUGGCUCUGAAUACACGACCAGUACCAACGGUGGUCCACUUCAAAGUGUCCUCACAAGGGAUCACUCUAACUGACAAUAAAAGAAGGCUUUUUUUUAGGCGGCAUUACCCAAUCAACAGUGUUACUUUCAGCAGUCUGGAUCCCCAUGAUCAGAGGUGGAUUAAUUCUGAUAGCACGUCAAGCAAGAUGUUUGGCUUUGUGGCGAGAAGAACGGGGACGACAACGGAGAACGUGUGUCACCUGUUUGCCGAGAUGGACCCUGAGCAGCCAGCUGUGGCAAUAGUCAACUUCAUCAAUAAAGUCAUGCUGGGACCACAGCUAAGAAGAUGAGGAGCAAAGUCAUUGGAAACCGUGCACAGUUUAGCAUCACAAGAUUUUUCUGACACAUUUUUAAAUUC